CAAAAAGCCGAAAACGUGAUGCCGCUGUUAGUGAAAUUCUUACUACUGAACGAACUUAUGUCGCUGGUCUGAGAAAACUUGUAAAUUGUUUCUUAGUACCUCUACGCGAAAAUUAUAAAUCUGCUCAAAAAAGUAUCUUGUCUACUAAACCUCUUGCUACAUUGGAGGAGAUUUCAUCUUUAUUUGGUAAUAUUGAGCCAUUAUUAUCAUUCCACGAACAAUUGUUAAAAUAUUUAGAAGAAAGAUAUAGGAAAUGGAAUUCAACUCAAAAGAUUAGUGAUAUAUUCAUACAAAAC